AUGGCGAUGUCAUCUCGUGGUUGUGGUUCGUGGACGGCCAAGCAAAACAAGGACUUCGAAAGGGCGUUGGCAGUGUACGAUAAGGACACGCCGGACCGUUGGUACAAAGUUGCCAGAGCCGUGGGAGGGAAAACCGUGGAGGAAGUGAAGGAACACUAUGAGCUUCUCCUCGAGGAUGUGAAGCGCAUCGAGUCAGGCCGAGUCCCGUUCCCCAACUACUGGAAUCACCCUCCUGGUUAA